AUGAGUGCACGCCAGUUAGCUGGCUCGAGUGGACUGUCGGAUCAGGAGGCCGUUUUGUCAAAACUGCUGAAGAGAAAGGUAAGAUCCAAUUCAAGUAUUUCAUCAAAAGAUGAACAUGAUGCUCACAACACUGGAGUACCAGAAAAUGUUGUUCAGAGCUCAAAUGCAACAAAUACGCCAACAGCAAUAAAUAGUAUCCCUAACGUUCCGGUCAAUAAUAGAACACCUGCCUCCAGAGGCGGAACACGACCGACUUACACCGUCCCUAUCUCGCCAAAACUACACAACAUGACUUACGCACAGGAAACCUGUACUAAAACUACAUAUUACAACACAACACCACAAUUCACAACUGCUCAAACGACGAGUGUAACUCCUCACUACGCAAUCUCUCACAAUAUUGCUCCUCAACAUACAACUCAAAUUACAAAUCACCAAACUUCAAAUAUAUCUCCUCACAAUGUAAUGCAUCACAAUACCAUCAUGCGACUCCUCAAAUUACAGAUCCUCAAACUUCAAAUACAUCUCCUCAAUACUCUACUCCUCAUACUACAAGUAUAA